AUGAGUGUUCAGGUUCUUAUCAACCGCAAAAAGCGUGUGUCCGUGGCCAGCGACCACAAUCUCGCCCAGUGCCACUGCACAUCCGCCUUCAAGUCCUCCAAUUCGUAUAUGGCAGGCGCCUCCACCGUGAACAAGGGCAGCGAGUUCGUCUCCAUCGUCAGCGCCAAGAAGAGCAACUACCACACAAUCUCUGAGGGCGAGGUCGGCUACUUCGACACGGCCGUGCCGUGGCUCGUGCUGGACGCUCCCGAGGGCCAAGAUGUUCGCCACGCGCGAGCAGCUGCGCGAGCACGAUUUCCCACCGUGGAUUCUGUACCAAAUAAAUUAAGACAGGUUAAUAACAGAAUAAAUUUUAAUGUAUUCGAAGACACUACCAAGCUAACAGUAAACACAGCUAGUUUCAACAACGGUUUCAACUCAGUUUCAAAUUUAGAAAGAGAAUAUAACGAAGAAAUAGAAGAAGCACAGAGAUCAGCUAACUUUAAUCCUUUAAAAAAAGAAGAUCAUUCUUUUUAUGAAAUAGAAACAACAUUAUCGAAAUUUAUCAGAAGAACGGUAAGAGACACUUUAUUCGAACUUAUAAGUAAAAUGGAUAGAAGCGUUAUUCAGAGUAUUGAUGAAGAGAAUAUAAUGAAUGGUAAAUCUAAGAAGAUGAAAAGAGAAGAUCAGAUUAAAGAUGACGGACCCAUUGGGGGUAUUUUGACUUCUGACGGGGAGACGCAGAUGCUGAUGGGGACAUUCCAAGCAAUAAUGAGACCUGGAACAUUAAAUUUACCAAACAUACAAGGGUAA